GAAGAAAGGAAGAGUCAUAAUAACGGCGAGACAAGGAGCGCAUUCAUAUUAGCAGAGUCUUUAAUGAACUCAGAUCGUCAAAGACACUCCUCCUGCCCCCGGCUGACUCCGCUGCGCUCCCGUAACCAGUCGAUGCGCGGUGAAAAUAUUCGUAGCACCCCCCAUCUUUAUCAGUAUCAGCAUCGCCGCGGAGACAAAGGGAGCGCCGCAAAUGAAGAUGUGCUGCAACAGAGGGAGAAGCCCGUCUUAAAGUCACUAUUACCGCUUAUUGCUUUGCCCGCCCGGAGGCAGACAGGCAUCGGUCCUUGGAGACUCUUAGGGGGGGAUGAGCAAAGAUGUGAGAGUGCAGAGAGAGACACAUUUUGAUUGGCCAUACUUCUGCUGAAAGCAUCAGGCACGACGAGUCAUGUUUUCUCCGGCGAGAGAAUCAGCGAGGUGGCUUCAAACUUGAGGGAGACGUGCUCUCAACUCACAGCACAGUCGGUGCCUUCACGGCGUCUACCGUAAACCCGCACCGUUUCAACCCCCCAAAUAGAGGCGCUUUCCGCGGUGCUGAAACAGAACGACGCGUCUGAUCAACUAGUGAAGAGGAGGAGGAGGAGGACACUUUUGCUUCUUCGUCACCCGCUUCGGGGUUUUAUUCAAUUUUUGGGGCCUUGGUAAGAACGUAUUACAUUAGCGUCUGACUGUGCCACAUCAUGCUGUGGAUGAAGACCAAGGCCAUGGCUGACUCCCUGUGUGGACGGAGAAGGAGGGUGCCCUGUUUCAUCUGGUUCAUCCUGCUGUUCGUUGUCGGAGGUCUGGUUCUCUUUAUCCACCAGCAAUAUCUGCCAGACAUGGUCCAGCUACAUGGCCCAGAUGAAAGGCAGAUCCAGAGUAACAAUGGUGAAAAGUCAGACAUGAAGCUUGGAACCAGUCCACGGCAGUCCAGAGAGACUCUUUCUACUCAGGACCGUGAUAGAAGCAAAUCCGAGAAUUCUCAGCACCCACAUCAGACUGGAGCCAUCCUGACCAGCCCGAUCACUCCGAUGCAGUUCCCACACUUCGAGAACAGUGCUAAGGCAGCCACCCCCGUGUCUCCAGAGCAGGACAUGAGCUCCCUUCAUGUCUCCAAAAGGCAACGCAAACUGCUGAAAACAAGUCCCCCAGUCAACCACAACAAAAGUAACGUCACCUCUGCUUCGUCCUCGUCCUCUGCUUCCUCCACGUCCUUGGUGUCCUCCUCAACCUCCAUUUCCACCUCUACUACUUUAGGAUCUUCUAUGACUGAGAGCUGGAAAAAGAUCCCGGGUAUUAUACAAGCACGUCGGCAACUGAUGAAAGACAUCUGCGCUAAGUACAAGAGCAGCAUCUCCAAGGCUAUCACACGUAGGCAUGUCCAAUAUAUCUAUGUGGAGGACAAGCACAAGCUGUUGUACUGCCAAGUGCCCAAGGCAGGUUGCUCCAACUGGAAGAGGACCCUGAUGGUACUGGCGGGUCAGGCCUCCAACACUGACAACAUUAAGCACGACACAGUCCACUACAGCAACGGUCUCAGGUUGCUCAAAAGCUUUGACCCACAGGGAAUCAUGCACCGUCUGAAAACUUACACAAAAAUCAUGUUUGUGCGCGAGCCCUUGGCGAGAGUCGUGUCGGCUUACAGGGACAAACUUGAAAAUCCCAACCCCUACUACCACAACCUGUUUGGGAAACCCAUUAUCUCCAAGUACAGGGCUAAACCGUCACCUGAAGCCCUCAAGACGGGCGACGGGGUCACGUUUGAGGAAUUUGUCCGAUACUUGCUGGACGUCCACCGGCCAGUGGGGAUGGACAUCCACUGGGAGCAGGCAAACCAGCUCUGCCACCCUUGUCUCAUUGAUUACGACUUCAUCGGCAAAUUCGAGAGCAUGGAGGAGGAGUCCAACUUUCUGCUGCGUUUGACCGGGGCGCCGGCGAGCCUCAGACUUCCCACGUUCAAAGACAGGAACCCUAAAGACAAGAGGACCUCUCUGCAGAUCACAGAAAAUUACUUUUCACAGGUCAGCACGGUGCAGAAACAGCGAGUGUAUGACUUCUACUACAUGGACUAUUUGAUGUUUAACUACACCAAGCCUUUUAAAGAUUUAUAUUGACUGGUCCUUUCACGAUUCUUUAAUUACAAUCACAUUCCACUGGGGUCUACAUCCACUAUCCACUACAUGAUAGUAAUCUUCUUUACAUUAAGAUGCUCACUCACAUGCUCAUAUGGGUCUUUGAGAGAAUCAGAGUGACCGGACGUCUGCAGAUUUUCACAGAAUCAGCCUUUUGUUACAUUUUUAUCAAAUUUGACAAACAUGAGAUAAAUACAGCAUGUUAAUAUGCUGGUGUACUAAGCACUCUAAAUUGCCCUGACAUGCAAAGUGUUUAUUCUCUUUAAAUAUAAUAUAAAAGUUAUGCUUCUAAAAAAAAAAAAAAAAAAAAAAAAAAAAAAAAAAUGUAUCGUUGUUCAUCAGGCUUUAAAUGAUGCCUUACUGUGAGUCAAGUAGCAUUUGUAAAUGCAUUUUAUGGUCAACUUAGCCAGCCAAUUUUACACAGAUACCCUAUACAGUACAAUACAGCAUAUUAUCUGAGCAUCUCCUUAUACCACAAACAUUUUAAAAUAUAUCUAGUAGCUGUGGCCCUUGGUUGAGCUCAGCUGGCUCAAAUUAACAAAUAUAAUUUGAAUCAUUUGCCGCUAUUUGACUCACAGCUGAUUGGGAAUCACUAUACCUCUAUGUAUCAGUGCAUACUAAUACAGAUAUUUCAUGUGAAUGGCUUUACUAAAUGUAAACAACAACAAAAUGAAUCUCUAUAAAUACUAUAAAUCUUCUAAAUGUGUCAAGUGCUGCCCACCUAGAAGUAGUGUGCACUUACUGUAGCAUUUUUAUACUUCUAACGUCGUCGGUUCAGUUUGUGCUUUAGUCUAACACACACGGUACAUGUGAUGUAGGUCCCGUUACUAGAGGGAGGUGAUGCAGGAUGUCCAGGUACUCGCAGGGUACAAAGUGUGGCUGCCAAAUUCUCUUAAUGCCUGUGAGACCCGUUCAGUUUGUAGCGGUCGCAUUUGAAACCAAACAGGUAAAAUACAACAGAUUAAAAAGAAAAUAAUAAUAAAAAAACUAACCCAAAAACAGACACAUUUUCUCAAAACGCGUAACGAUCUGGAUUUUCCGGAGUGAGGCAAAAGAUACAAGUGUGCCCAAACUCCUCCAUCCACCUAAUUAAACACCCAGUGAACAGCCUUCACUUCCAGAUCUCACACUGUCUGUACGUAUCACGUCGACUCUUCACCACCAUAUAGGCUUUUUCUGACUCUACUGUGUAAAAUUGUAUAAUGGGCAUUCAGAUGACUAUAUAUUUUUCUAUGUAUUUCUAAUAUAUAUAUACAUAUAUAUAUAUAUUCAGUGUUUCUUGGUGAAGGUAUGUUCAUUUAAUUUUUGAUGUCAUUUCUUGUUCUGUAAUGCCAGUGAGAGUGUUGUGCAACCGAAGAGUUUUUUUCCAAAACGAAAUAUCCACCAGGUUAAAACGACGAGUCUGACUCUCAUAGAAUUGACGUAUAAUUUAAAUGCACAGCAACUAUAUUUGAAUCUUUACCACUUGGUGCUUUGGAGGUAGCAGAAGAUUUUAUCCAACGGAACUGGAUAUAAAGGAUUUUGGAAAAUGAGCUCUUUGAUUAUUUACUACCCAGAUUUGUUUGAACUCUCAGUAAGUUAAUAGACCCUGUACAGAUGAGCUGCAUUUCACCUACUUACCCAUCCUGGCUAACAACAUUUUUUAUUUAUUUAUUUUACCCAUGGUCACUCUGCUGCGUGUGUGUUACUGAAUAAGCCGUUUAGACAUUUAAAAAUCUAUUUCUCUGUAUCUUCCCAAAACGUACAUACACUCACCGCAACCACAGUAUCCCGGGUGACAUAAGUAGACUGUUUUAUGCCUAACACACCACCCUCCUGCCAUGUCUUCAUUUGUUUUGUUUGUUUUUUUUUAUUUGAUGAAGGUUACACCAAACAACAAGGUGCACUACCAGAAACUACGCAAACAUCGAUAGUGUUAGGGUCCAAGCAAACAAGGACUAAUACAAACCAUAAUAAAACACACAAAUAUGGAAGAUACAGUGAGUCAUAAAAUAUUGACUAAAUAAAAUGACGAUGAUAUCAAUAGAAACUCAACUUGAAAUGACAGAACACAAAAGUAAAUCUUCUUUUUAAUUUCUUAUUUUAUUAUAUAUAAAUAUAUUAUUUUAUUUUAUUUUUAAUUUUUUUGGUGAGCAAUGACCAUCCAUUGUGUUGCUGGGAACAACCUAUGGAUAGACUUCUAUAAAGUCACUGUUCAUCUAUUUGCUUUGCAGCUCACUGGAAAUGUGUUUUUGUCAAUAAAAUUAUUUUUAAAGAAAUGUGUUUGCUAAUGGAAACACGUUUCUAUGAUUUCAAUCUAUAGACUCUAUAAUCGAUUUUCAAAGACCUUUCAUAAUUUUGGUAGUAUUAUCCUUUCACUGUGCUGGUGAUUGUACGGACUUCUGUCAAUAUAGUGUUGGCUUUUGCAAUUCCAAAAUCGAACCUUUGUUUAGGUUGUGGUCAGAUAAGGCGUAGCUGAUCUCUGGCCAAAGUGCUAUUGCAUUAUGAUGAUUAUUACUCUUGCAAAUACCCCUGUCAGUCACUGAAUCCCAGUUAAUAAAGUUUUCUUGGUAUGUGGGUGUAUGGACAGAUUUGUCAAAAGCAUAAUUACAUUAACAAGUGAAUGUAUAACAGUUUAUUGGUGGUGCAAAUUGUAUAAAAGAUGAUUUUAAGCCCUUUGCCUUAUAUUACACUGCCAAUCAAAUGGUGUAUUUCAGGAAGACAUUUUCAGGUGGUUAUUUCUGGCUGAUGAGUGUCUACUAAUAAAUUGUCUUUUAGCAUUUUCA